AUGUCGUCUGUUCUGUCCGGUAACUCCCCACUGUCAUCUCGUGCUGGCUCACCUAAUCCCAUGGAAGAGGACGUCAUCAUGGAAGAUGGCAACGCAUCCUUACCUGCCUCAGUUUCUGCAACAACUGAACGCCUCAAUGAGAUGGAUCUCGCGGCUGACCCGUAUACAAACCUCGUUGGCACCCCGUCUCCUGCGCCUACUAUAUCCACUGAAGGUGAAGAAAUUGUCAACCCUGACGCUACCUCACCACAACCUGCUCCACCUGUUACGAAGCCGCCAACGUUAACUGAAGUUCUGAAGAAGGUUCUACUCCAAAAGGAAAAUGAGCAAAUAGCAUACUUGAAAGCUCUGAGCCAUUCCAAUGUCAAUGUUGAUGAAGCCAACCUACUCCGUGAAAAAGUAAACAAUUUAGACAAGCAUGUCAAAACACUUACCGAUGGUCUCAAGGCUGCUGCUGCUGCUACUGCUGCUGCCACUAAGGCUUCCGCUGCCGCUAACUCAUCGUCCACUGGCUUAAAAAUUUCCAAGAGAGAUCUUCCCAAAUUCCAACUGGAGGAUAACAAAGCUAAACCAUUUCCACAUGAGGAGGCAUAUCGUUCUGUUGAUCAUUUCCUCUCAGAAUUCGAAAAAUUUGUGUAUUCUUCUGGCCAAGACAUCGAAACCGUAUGGCGCAAGUACAUUCCCCUCACGUUGUCGUAUGAAUUGGAUGACUGGAUGAAAACGGUGGUCAUGAAGUGCAAUGUCUGGCACGAUGUCAAGUUGGUUUUUAGCAAGAAGUUUGGGACAGUAGUUUCAAGAAUACAUAAGCGUCGUGCUGUGAUGAAUAUGGAAAUUGGGUUCCAUAAAUCCGUCGAUGAUGAAUAUUCCAAUCGUUUCUUCCGCACUGUUGGUGAGGCCGGCUAUCAUCGUGAUGAUUUGACAAUUGGUGGUGUCUUUUUGUUGUCUUUACCCGAGUCCUGGCAACUGAACAUUUGUACUGUGCUCCUUGUGGAAUUUGAGGCUUGA